UAUGGCAGGCCUUUUACAGAAAUUGGUACCUCUAUUAAUACUACUUAUCUGUAGAACAUCUAUAUGUACUGAAGAAGCUGAACCCAAAGAAGAACUAGUCGAAUCCGAAAGCAAAGAUGGAAAAUUAGAAAUAAUAAAACGAAUAAAAAAGGUGAAUGAAGAUGGAUCUUACACAAUAGGCUACGAGGCUGAUGAUGGAUCAUUUAAAAUAGAAAGCCGAGAUGUAUUAGGGAAUAUAAAAGGCACUUAUGGAUUUCUUGACGAUGAAGGCCAAAUCAAAAGAGUAUCAUAUAGUACUAGCAAUUCUACGGAUCUUCUGGGCAAAACUGAAGCACCUUCUGUGGUCCAAAGAAUUCCAAAAUUAAAUAGAACCACUUCUAGUACAAAACGUCCUUCACCAUCAACAACUCCUUCAACUUCCACAACAAAUUUAGCAUCAAGAAGGAGGACGACUACAACUACUACAACUUCAAAACCUAAUUACAGUGAUGUAAUUAAUAUUUCUUCUGGAACUACCACCAGGCCUUUAAUUUAUACUUCACCUCCUAGAGUGUUAUUACAGGGGAGGUCUAAUCUUGGGUCAACAGUCGCGACUCACAUACACAAUCCCAAAUCAGAAGGUCAGUUAGAUAGGCCAGAGGUCAUCAUCAAACCAACUGAGAUCCCAUUGUUCAGAAGACUGGCUUUAAAACAUGAAUUGUUGGAAGAUGCAAAACCAGUUAUUGAAGUUCCUGAAGUUAGAAGUAACAUAUUGCGCAGACAAUUGGCCCAUGAGAAAACAACAGAGUUUAACGCUAGAGAACAUAUUUCAAAUCUUCAACAGUCGGACGGUGACGACAUUCCUGACGUUUACAGUGGAUCAAUAACUACUACAGCUCCAAGGCACAUUUUUAGUACUACUUUAAGACCCAGAAUUAUAUCUACAACAGCGCCUCCAGUUACGUUAAGACCAAUAAGAUAUACUCCAAAUUAUCAGUCAAACAUUUUACAAAAUAUUGAUCCCACAACUCCUGAAUACGCUCAAGAGUCUUCCACAACUGAAUCAACAAUCGAUGAAGCAACUCCAACACCAGUUCCAAUUGUGCAAAUCCCACCAAAUCGACAGCCUGGACCAGAACCACUGGUUGCAAUAAGACAUCCUUUCCAACGAGGUACAAUUCUUGUACCCUUAAGUCAACUCCAACAAAGAAUUGUUCCUUUGGAGAAUGCAAGAGAUGAGAGUAUGGAAAACCAAUAUGUUAUUCAAAACAUCAGACCUAAUGAUCAAUAUAUCAAAGAAACCACGCCCAAACCAUUAAUGGAGCAGCAACCUAGGCCAAUCGUUUUAAGAAGGGUGCCUCCCCCAUUAAGACCCAUUCCAGUGCAGGUGGAUGAAAAUGGAUACAUCCGAGAAGUUCCCCAGUCCGUGCCUACACCGUUUCCACUUCCAAUACCAAUUACGCCAGUACCAAAAUACUCUCAAAAUGACAUUCAGAAUGAGGUUGAUCAUAUUGAACCUCCUGUCAGUACAAGAGAAUUUCAACAACUAUUACAUCAACUAAUUCUUCGGCAAAGUCGCUUAGAACGAAUAAACGACAUGAUGAACCCAAGGAGAGCAUACACAUAUGUUCAACAACCACAAUAUAGACCAGUAUAUCAACCGACACCAGCACCUUAUUUCAUACCAAGGAAUCCCAACGGACAUGGACACAACCAGCAAUCUGGACCUGUACAGUUCAUUCCAGACCAAGACCCAAGGAGGCAAUAUCAAACCCAGCAACCUCAGCCGCUGACCUUGCGACAACAAAACCAGGAUGGAAUUUACAACGACCAAUUUGCCCAGUCUUUUGUACCUACCAGAAGAGUGGCGCGAUUGUUGCAAAGACCCAAUGAAGAACAGGAACAAUACUUGCCUCCAGAUGUUCGGGAAAUGCUCUUGUUAAGAAUGUUACAAUUGGCCCUGAACCCAUCUCUUCCUAUCGAAGAAGAAGAAGAAGCGGCAGAACCGACCACACAAGUGCCUCAAUACAAAAAAGCCGUGAGGAACGUGGAAAUACUGGGGGAAGAAAACGAAGAAAUGAAGACACCAACAAGGAUUAAGAGCCACGAAGUGGAGAAUUCAACAACGACCACUACAGCUGCUGCAUUUGUAUCACCAAGCGAAGCUUUCUUUAUUAGCAGUGGUACUUCAGGAUUAAGUUCAAAUUUUCUGAUAUUAUUCGCAGUAGGGUAUUUUUUAUAAGUAAGUUUGCAUGAUGAAAUUACUUUCUUUU